UGUCAAUAAUAUGUCUAAUUUACAAGCUUUAAAUAUUCAAUGUCUAGAUGAUAAUUGGACAGACGAAAAUAAUUUAACAUCACCGAUAGAUGAUGAACUUCUAGAAUGGUUACGUCAACAAUUACCAUCAACAUGUACGAUAAUGAGAGAUACGUUUCAUCUUCAUAAUAUUCCAUUAUGGAUUCGUUAA